GGAUCACCGAUUGACUCUCACGAUCACUUGACUCCCACCUGACGGAGUAUCCAGUAAGUAUUCUGCACGAUACAGCAACGCAACACUCACGGUCACUCGCCCAACCACCCGGAAUCAAGUGCCUCAUCCUCGCACUGCCAGCGGCAAGAAGCGUGCCAUUCUGGCUACACUCCACAACAACUCGCAACAAUGCUGAUUUUCAGCUUCUUCAAGACCCUGACCGGUCAGACAGUCACAGUAGAGCUCAAGAACGAUGUCAGCUUGACGGGAACACUCAAGAGCGUGGACCAAUUCUUGAACUUUAGGAUUGUGGAUGUGCAAUUGAAACAGGGGGAUGAAGCCAGGUGGCCUCAUUUGGCGGCGGUCAGGUCAGCUUUCAUCCGCGGGUCGGUAGUGAGGUACGUGCACUGCCCUGCAGCUGCGGUGGACACGCAAUUGUUGGAGGAUGCGACCAGACGAGCGUCACUUGUGUACACGUGGCUUAAGAGGGUGCCAGGGUACAAGCGUCUUGAGGCGUCCAAGGACCAAAGAGGCGCGAUAGGCGUAGGAGCGGUUCGAUCGGGAGCUUUCCCACUCGUCUAG